CGCUUGCUAAACUGAGGAAACCGACAGUCGCCUGGCGGCCGACUUCCGGCCUUGAGGCGACGUCGCCGAGACGGAGUCGGGCGGGGGUCUCCCGGCCCGGCCUUCGGCGGCGUGAGGAAGCGAGCGGAAGACCAUGCAGGAUCCAAAUGAAGAUACAGAAUGGAAUGAAAUCUUAAGAGAUUUUGGCAUUCUUCCUCCAAAAGAAGAACCAAAAGAUGAAAUCGAAGAAAUGGUUUUACGUUUACAGAAAGAAGCAAUGGUUAAGCCAUAUGAAAAGAUGACUCUUGCACAAUUGAAAGAAGCUGAAGAUGACUUUGAUGAUGAAGAUAUGAAAGCUAUUGAAACAUAUAGAGAAAAGCGGUUAAAGGAAUGGAAAGCACUUAAGAAAAAACAGAAAUUUGGGGAGUUAAGAGAAAUUUCUGGAAAUCAGUAUGUAAAUGAAGUCACAAAUGCAGAAAAAGAUGUGUGGGUUAUAAUUCAUCUCUACAGAUCAAGCAUCCCAAUGUGUAUGUUGGUUAACCAGCAUCUUAGUCUCCUAGCAAGAAAGUUUCCAGAAACUAAAUUUGUUAAAGCCAUUGUGAAUAGCUGUAUUCAGCACUACCAUGAUAAUUGCCUGCCGACAAUUUUCAUUUAUAGAAAUGGUCAGAUAGAAGGAAAAUUCAUUGGAAUUAUAGAAUGUGGAGGGAUAAAUCUUAAGCUGGAAGAACUUGAAUGGAAGCUAGCAGAAGCUGGAGCAAUACAAACUGAUUUGGAAGAAAACCCCAAAAAAGGCAUUGUAGAUGUGAUGGUAUCUUCAAUCAGAAACACUUCUAUUUAUGAUGACACUAAUAGUUCAAACAGUGAUAAUGAUGAUACCAAAUAGAGAACUUUUUAAUAAAUAGCUUUUAACUAUUAAGUUUGCUACUGCCUUUAUAAUCAAAUAUAGUUUAUUUUCAUUUUUAUAUUUAUAACUUUAUGCCAUUUUAGAAACUCAGUUAUUUUCACUAGAAUAUUUAUGACUUCUAACAAAAGCAGAAUUUUUGUUGACCCUUGAUAAUUUCUUGUGCCGCACCCUUUUGUGAACUCACAUUAGAGAAAAACACACAUUUUGUACCUUCUGUGUUGCUUAUAAACCUCCAAAUAGUCCCAUGCAUGAAAAUUAUGAAAAAGAACAGUCACAUUUCAUUUAAGUUGGUAAAUUUAAAAGUUUAUUAUUU